ACAGUUCUUAUGUAAUUAGCAUAAUUCCCACAUGAUUUUACGACUCAUGGAAAGUAGCAUUAUUACUCACCCACGGUAUCAAUACCUAUGGCGAAAGUACACGUACUAAAAACUUUGGAGUUGUUGAGAAAUCGAGUCAAAGAGAUCUUUGUGAUAUAUGAUCAUGAAUUGAAAUCAUACCUAAACCUGUAUUUACAUAAUAGAAUAGUACUAAAGUGAAUGACAAAAGGGGUCAACCUAAUGCUAAAUAGAUUGUAAUAAGGUUGGCAUUCAUAAUACCUUGUGCCGAUUUAAAUGCCGCGUAUUUCUAAUCGAGUGACAUUUUUACGAGAGUGGAUCUCCCCCAUUUCCGCCAGAGAUUGACUCCACUUCCACUCUCCAGUCUCCAGGUCUUUUCGAGCAUUCGCAGCUGACAAAAUUGGGUCACCGGUAGAAGAAAUAUUUUAUGUUAAAUAAUACCACACUAAUUAGUAUCGCCAAUAUCAAAAGGUAUAUCAUAGUAUAUCUAUAUAUUGCCAUUUUUAUCCAAUUUAAUGUAACAUUGUUUCAUGCAUAUUAAGAUUUUUUUAUUUUUUUUAUUCAGAACACAUACAGUCAUACAGCCUCUAAACACUCUACUUUUCAUAUCAAAUACGAGGAAAUCAAAAAGACAAGGUAAAUUUGUAUAAUCAGUAAUUAAAGUAAUAGAAUGGUCAUGAUUUUUUCCUUAGGACUAACUUUCAGUCGGAGACCUAUCAAGUCUGGUCAUAUCAUAACCAAUAUAACGAAAAACAUUAAAUUGCUAUUUUGUUGUUUUCGAGUUUACUUAUUCCAUUUAUUUUGUAAGUAUCUAACAUUAUUUGGAAGCAAGUUACUAUUGGUUUAAGCUCGGUGACGAGAUAAUUUGUGGAAUUGAAUCAUCACAGCCGGAGGUAGGUGCAGCCUUGCUGGACUAUACAUGGUCUUGUGUAGGCGAAGUGGCUGCGUACAUGUUUUUAACAGUUUAAUCCUCCGCCACAUUGUAAAAAUAUAAGUUGGUACCCUAAACGUCUAAACUAUGAAAUUUUGAUUGAUAAACCGUUUACGUAAGCUUACCGCGUUACAUCAGGGAUCGGCAACAUUUUAGUCGUCAGUGAAAUUGUUCAUUACGUUUGGUUACCAACUACCUAUUAAAUGGUAACCCUGUUCGCGCGUUACCACAAAAUUAUAGGCUGGUAGCGCCGCUGAAGCGCGAAAUUGUGCAACGUAUUGAGCAUCGCGUUGAAAUUAUUGUUAGCAAUAAUGAAUACAAAUAUUUAGUAUUUGCAUAGCCAAGUUAUACCGCGUUACACAUGGCAAUACUAGCUUUUAUCUGCGACCUCAUCCGCUCAUAUAUUUUAAAUUAAUACUUUAUCAUACAAACUUUCGUCCAAUGCUUACUAGAAGAUCAAUAUAUAGUUCCUAUUUUGUAUGUUAUUAUGGGUUAAAAUAAAUGAGCUAAAUUUCAUUCAAACCUGUGUAUUUAUAAUUUCGCGUCAGAGAUUUUUUCUGUUAGAAUGUAGAUGUAAAUAUAUAUUAUUGAUGUUUUAAUUAUAAAUGUUUAUUUAUUUAGUCAGCAUCCAAAACUUCCAGAAGUAACAGACCAAACUACGCACCAAUAGUUACACUUUUUGAACGGUUUCUAAGGUGAUAGAGUUAUCCUGAAUUAAAUAAUCAGAAUAUAAUUUAUUGGGCUUUUAACAGAUAUUUUUUUCUUCAUUCUACUUAUGUUUUAUUGAACUAGAAUUUCUAAUUAAUACCUAUUAUGCAACUUGCAAUAUUUUUUUACAUAUAAAACAGCCGAUGUAUCUAAUACAUUAUUAAAACAGCUUGUUCAAUGAACAGAAAAGGAAAAUAGAACGAAAAAUGUAAACAUCAUUUAACCUGUCAACUCUAAACACUAAAACACGUCGCGUUACUAUAAUUAGCAUACACCAAACGCACCACGACGAAUCGCGCUCACUUUCUCUCGAGUCUGUUUCCACGCACCAAUUGUUGGGUACACCUGACUUUGCGUUUGCUGUACCUACUAGUUAUCGACAGUUGCGUAAAACUUGUACAAAGUAUUGUACAGUGGAAUUAAGAGUGCUUAAUGGUUAAUUGGCAUGCUUGGUGAAAUGCCGUUUAUUUACAUGAUCAUAAUAUAUGAUUCUAUUCAUGAAAGAGAAAACAGUGAAAUUGUUCAAAUAUGUAUUUCUUAAGCUCAUAUCCUUUUUUGUGACAUCAAUGGGUGACUGUUGCAUGCUGUUCUAAUAUUAUAGUUUGUUUUCUUUCUAGAUAGGUCUGUUCACACAAGUGCUUAAAAUGGCAAUCAAUUGGGUACCGUAAAACGGGGUGGCUUGAAAUUACAGUUUAUAAGCCAUAAUAUAUUUUUAUGCGAGAUUAACAUCAAUAGUAUAAUCUCCCUGAUCUAACUACUUACUUACACGACCAGUUUCAAUAAAUAAUGAAUAAUGGUAAUUAAAUGGCCAUUUAAAACUAUCAAAGUCACCCCAAAUUUUCCUAAAGUCAUCCUGUUACACCGGUAUUUCAAUUUUAUUUUUAACAUUUUAAUUGGCAAAAUACCUACCUAAUUCUAUCAAUGGAACAUUUAGUAGGUAAAACUUGAGUGAUAUUGUACUCGUGGAGCUAUUUGAUGUAGGGAGAAAACAUUAAAAAAGCCUAAUCAAUCUAACCGUGUAAGUCAUGAUUCCAGACACUGAAUGAGGUCGUAACAUUGAUUAAAAUAAAAUAAAUAAGUUUACUUUGAAGGGCAAUAAAUACUUCGUUUAUAACAUUGACAUUGAAUUUCCGAGAAAAAACAGUCAGUUGACAUGAAACUGAUAAAAAGUGUAAACAACCUUUCCGUAGUUAACGCUUCAACGGCUCAUACGUUUCUUGUAACAAUAUUAGAAGUAGUUUAUUAGUUUAGAUUAAAAUACAAUAAUGUAGAUGUAGUACCUACGGUACUAUCGAUGGUAGAUACAGUUUGAUUCUCGUCUCAUUGAAUCAUUGCUACUUACAUAAGUUACAUAUUAAAAAUAAGCAGUGUCAAUAUAAAUUAUAUCACAGCUACAAAUAAUACUUACAUCUAAACUAAUGUCAAAAAUACUAUUCUUUUCUUAUCCCAUCUAGUAAAUGUUUAUUUAAUAAUUGAGGUACAUGCUAGAUUAGGCUUGCUUUAUUUUCUUUAGUGUUUUUCUAUGUAGCUCCCGUACUAUGCGUAUGAAUAUGCGUCACAAUUAUAAGCUCAUAAUGGUCUCACUUUCAAGGUCGCACACUAGAAACGGGCGUAGAAACUAGAGCAGUUUUCUAUACACCUAACAAAGGCCGGAGAUCUAGUUUUAAGGAUUUAAAGUCUAACAAAAGGAUACAGGGCGCACGUAGGUACGACCGUAUUGAAUAAGCAAUGGAUUCGUGGGAAAACGAUGAAGCUAUACAACGAUUCAGGGAAUAUUUGAGAAUACCUAGUGUACACCCGGAUGUGAACUACGAUGAGUGUGUGGAAUUUCUUAAGCGGCAAGCCAACGAGCUCCAGCUGCCUGUGGUGGUCCACGAAAUAAUGCCGGGGAAGCCCGUCGUGGUCAUCACCUGGAAGGGCAUGGAGCCACAGCUCCCGGCCAUACUACUUAACUCGCAUAUGGACGUCGUGCCUGUUUAUAAGGAAUUCUGGACUCAUCCGCCCUUCGAAGCUAAAAUAUCUGAAGAUGGCUACAUUUACGCUCGCGGCACUCAGGAUAUGAAGAGUGUCGGAAUGUUCCAUUUGGAGGCCGUGCGAAGACUGAAGGCGGCUGGUGUCAGGUUGAAGAGGACUGUCCAUGUGUCCUUUGUUCCUGAUGAAGAGAUUGGUGGAGAGCAUGGGAUGAAAGUGUUUGCUCAGUCUGAGCAGUUCAGAGCCUUAAACGUGGGUUUUGGACUCGACGAAAGCUGUCCUACUACAAGCACGAAGGUCAUUAGGGCUUUCAAUGGAGAAAAAACCAACCGACAGUCAAAAGUGACUUGCAGAGGAAAUCCCGGGCAUGGUUCUUUGCUUUUGCCUAACACAGCAGGGGAAAAGCUUCAUUACAUUUUGGACAAAUUUAUGAAAUGCAGGGCAGGAGAAAUGGAAAAACAAGCCCAAGGCGCGUACGUUGGCGACUUAGUCACCAUCAAUUUAACACAAAUCGAGGGCGGCGUUCAAGUCAACGUGGUACCAGACAGCCUUACUGUCUAUUUUGACAUCAGGAUACCGCCCACACUUGAUCACGACGCUUUUGAUGACAUGAUCAGGAAAUGGUGUACUGAAGCAGGUGAAGAUGUGACUUUCGAGUACAUUAGGCAUAAUGCCCCAGUCAAGAUCACAAAAAUCGACGAGAGCAAUCAGUUUUGGACAGCUCUUCUUUGUGCAGUUAAAGAAAUGGGCUACGACGUCCUCUGCAACGUAUGCCCCGGCACUACGGACGCGCGCUUCGUGCGCCAGCAGGGCAUACCCGUCAUCAACUUCUCGCCAAUACUUAACUCGCCCGUUCUGCUUCAUGCCCAUGAUGAGAGGAUCCAUGUUGAUGUGUUCCGACAAGGGAUUGAUAUUAUGGAAAAGGUGUUAGAAGCUGUUGCUAACAUUUAGGCACAAUUACCUAAUAUGUAACUAGGUUGACGCGACAUUUGGACUGAAUAUUUUCUAAACUCUCCAUUCGGCGCGAGCACUCGUAAAUAAAUUUGUACAACGAAAGGAUAAUUGUUCUUAAUUGUGAUCAACGAAAAUUAUAAAGUGUUAUUUAUUUUAUCUUUAUUACACAAUACAUGAUAGUACAAAUGGCGGACUUAAUGCCUUAAGGCAUUCUCUACCAGUCAACCAAUGCGCUAAACUGGAAAGAUUAAGUAGAUGAGGAGGUAUUUUAAAGAAAAUUAAAUUGUUACCUUAACAAGAUGAGUAAUUAGCUAUACUGAUAAACGUACAUAUAAUAUACUUAUACAAAUAAAAACACAAACAAAUAUAUUAUUUUGCUCUAGAA